AUGGAUGCAUACGGCGUCCGACGCCAGGACACCACCAAGGGUCCGCCUCUACGGAUUCUUUCCCUCGACGGUGGCGGUGUCCGUGGCUACUCCAUGCUCAUCAUUGUUCAGGAACUCAUGCAUCGUACCUUUGUCGAGGCUCACGGCCGCGCCCCGCGCCGCAGCGAAAUUCCGAAACCAUGCGACCACUUCGACCUCAUUGUCGGCACCGGAACCGGCGGUCUCAUUGCCAUUAUGCUUGGCCGUCUCCGACUCGACCUCGAGACCUGCAAGGAGCUCUAUGUCCGCAUGACGCGCAUGGUAUUCCAGACCGACAAGACCAUUGCCGGCAUCCCAUACCGAUCAACGCUCUUCAAGGCCAGUAAGCUGGAGGAGGCCAUCCGCCAAGCUGUCCGCGAGCACACCAUAAAUGAGCAAGAAGGAAACGACGGCGAGGGCGACGAGCCCACCAACCCCUUUCGCUCAUCCUAUCUGUCGACCAGCUCGAGCUCCUCUAUUCCACAACGACAUCUUAGCAACGCCAGCACCGUUAGUUUCAGCGCACGCAGCCCCACGGCGCAAGCUGCUGCGCGGCCAUUCUUCAGUUCCAGGAUGGGUAACGGUGACGCUCGACUAUACGACUCGCGCGAGAACCGUACAAAGACUGCUGUAACAGCAAUGUAUAAAGACUCCCCACGCCACGCUGCUCCGGUAAUUCUUCGAUCCUACGACUCUCGUCGCGAACCUCCUCCCGACUUUGACUGCAAAAUUUGGCAAGCUGGCCGCGCAACAUGCGCCAUCGGCCUCGCUUUCAAGCCCAUCUCCAUUGGACAGUCUAGCUUUCAUGACGACGGCGUUGGCACAUUUAACCCUGCUCCCGAGGCUCUCGAUGAAGCUGUUAUCAACGAGUGGCCCGGCCGAGACGUCGGCGUCUUUGUCAGUGUCGGCACCGGGAAGCGCCCCCGAGGCAGCGACCAAAACCAGCAGGUCUGGUACGAGGGCUUUCUGGGCGAGUUUGCCGAGGCGCGUCGCCGUCUCAUUUCGAAGAUUGAAGGAUGCGAAAAGAUUCACGAGUUUAUGCUCCGAGAGCAUCUCUCGCGGCGCAACGUCAACCCCGAAAACUACUUUCGCAUGAAUGUCGAGAUUGGCGUCGGCGAGUUUGGCAUGAAUGAGUGGAACCGACUGGGCGACAUUAGCACGGGCACGCGCCGGUACAUGGCGCGCGACGAGGAGCAGCGCAUGAUUCUGGGCAUCUCCUCGCGUCUUGCCAAGGUGCACCGCGCGCGGCAGCGCCUCGAGCGACAGGCCAACUCGAUUCCCGAAGUCGUCAAGCAGCAGCCCUCGACCAAUUUCGACGUCGAGUUUGCCGUUGAGCUGCCCGGCGACACCCCCAGCGCAUUCCCGCCAUCACCUCGGAGCGCCCUCUCACGGACGUCUUUUGACUCGGGCCGCCCCGACAGCCUCACCAUCGGCAACAACCAGACGCCGCGGAGCUCCUACGACUACGUACGCCCCGGCGGCGCCGCGCCGUACCCGCCCGGAACAGUAUCGCCGCCUCCUCCACCAUCACGCAGCAGCAACAGAAACGGCAACGGCACGCCGAGCAACGACCCGGACAGGCUGCUCGGCACGGCGCCCACCCCAUUGCAGUAUAGACACGCAUCUGGCGCGGAAAAGAUUGCCAUCAUGAGCCCCGACGAGCACGCGAAGCCGCUGCCUCCGCCACCGCAGUCGGCGCCGCCCUCCACGCGUAUCGAGCCGCCGCCACUGCCGCCCAAGACGCCGCUGCCUGGUCACAGGGUCAGCAACAGCCACGCGAGCAACGGGGGGCACGCGCCGCCGUAUCCUAUGGACGACGAGGAAGCGCCCCCUCCCCCUGUGAACAUGGCACGGAAGCCAGAUUACCGAGGUUGA